GCCCUGGUAACCCGGCCAUUACACAUCCUGUCUCUGUGUGUGGGGGGCUGGCUGGAAUCUCUCAGCCUCACCUGCCAGACAACACCCCCUCCUUCCUCACCCUGUCUCCUGCAUUCUCCUGAAACCUUCAUCCACACAAUGCCUCCCAACCUCACUGGCUACUACCGCUUUGUCUCGCAGAAGAACAUGGAGGACUACCUGCAAGCCCUAAACAUCAGCUUGGCUGUGCGGAAGAUCGCGCUGCUGCUGAAGCCGGACAAGGAGAUCGAACACCAGGGCAACCACAUGACGGUGAGGACGCUCAGCACCUUCCGAAACUACACUGUGCAGUUCGAUGUGGGAGUGGAGUUUGAGGAGGACCUCAGGAGCGUGGACGGACGAAAAUGCCAGACCAUAGUAACCUGGGAGGAGGAGCAGCUGGUGUGUGUGCAGAAAGGGGAGGUCCCCAACCGGGGCUGGAGACACUGGCUGGAGGGAGAGAUGCUGUAUCUGGAACUGACUGCAAGGGAUGCAGUGUGCGAGCAGGUCUUCAGGAAGGUCAGAUAGCCGGAGAGGAGCCGAGAUCCCUCCAGACAGCGCCAGCCCACAGACCCUCUUGUUGUGCCCCCUUCAAGCCCAGAUUGUGCCAGGUCAGCUGUCCCUUCCUCUGGCCACCUUUCCUCCCUCUGGGUCCCUCCUCACCCCUCCCUGUGUUAAUCUGUAACUUGCAGCCCCCAGGCCAAAGUCCUUUCUCACACUCCACUGCCCAAUAGUGACCUCACUUCCAGGUCAAGGUCUGGCCUCCCAGAUGAAAGAAGCAGGCAAAGGGAAGGAGCCCCUGAGAACAACCAAUCUCCGCUCUCUCCUGUCCAUUUGACCUCUUCUUUUCCUUCUAAGAAAGAACUAAGCUUUGGGCAUUUGGCGAUUAGUGAAAAUUCUAUCCUGAUGGACUUCUGGAAAACUGUGACUGGGGUUCAAGAGUUUAAACAGGGGCUA